AUGGAACGUUACACAAAAAAAAACGAGAGGUUCAAGGCAGAGGAAGGAAAAGGAUCAAAGAAGUCGAGAACUUUCCUUACAGAACGCGAAAGACGAGCUCUCUUCAAUGACCGUUUCUUCGACUUAAAGAACCUCAUUCCAAAUCCCACAAAGGGAGGUGAAGCAUCCAUUGUUCAAGAUGGGAUCGUUUACAUCAACGAGUUACAAAGACUAGUUAGCGAGCUUAAGUAUUUGGUUGAGAAGAAAAAAUGCGGUGCAAGGCACAACAACAUUGAAGUAGACAAUAAAAACACGAUUUAUGGGACUAGCAAGAUAGAGCAUCCAUUCUCCAAAAACAAAAACACUUUUAACUGUUUGAUUCGUACACUUAGAUUUGUACACCACUUUUAG